AUGGCAGAGGUGGUAACAGUGUGUGUCAACCCUCAAUGUGGAAAGCGUACAACAUGGUUCAGUCAACCCAACUUUCAUGGAACCAAAAUUGCAGCUGGUAACUUUCUUCUAAGCUAUGGAAUCAUUUUGGCUGGAACCUCUGCAACCAAGGUGUUCAGAGCAUUGAAACAUAUGGGGAUGACCUGCAUAUCGUUGACAACUUUCUUUAAAUAUCAACGGGUAAGUUUUCAAGCGAUGUUCUCUUUUAAAGUGACUAAUGUCACUAAGUGUACUGUAUCACUGUGCAAAAUACUUCUGUUGAAUUUUUCUAAAAUAAUGAAUGAUGAAAAAGUAGAAAGUCUAUUAAAAAGUUCAUAGGGAAGUGAAAUAAGUUAUUAUAUUGUACUCAUUCCCCAUUUUAUUUUGUAUUUUACAUAGGAAAAAUUAAUUCCAUCAAUAUAUUUACAUUGGAAGAAGUACCAAGCAGAGCUUCUCGAUGAAUUAAAAACAAAGGAAGAAUUGGUGAUUGCUGGAGAUGGAAGGCAUGAUAGUAUGGGACACAGUGCCAAAUACUGUGCAUACACUGUAUUUUGUUGCACUGUCCCAUACAUAAUUCAUUUUGCUUUAAUACAGGUAUGAAAACGUUUUACAUCAACAUUUCAUUGUACAGUUUUAAGAAGAGUUGUCCUAUGUAAACCAAAUGGCCUCAUGUAUGAAGAAUCUGUUAUAGAGCUGUUAAAAUGCUAUGCUAAUGGCACUUAUAUUUUUACUUUACUAGAGGAAUGAAGUGGGCAGUAGUCCAGCCAUGGAAUAUGAAGGAUUUUGCAGGAGCAUGGAGUACUUGCUAAGUUUAGUGGCAGUGAAGACAUUUGUAUCUGAUCGACACUCAUCAAUCACAAAACAUAUGAGGGAAAAGCUGUCAGACAUCAUUCACUACUUCGAUAUUUGGCAUAUAAAGAAAAGUAUGACCUUGAACUUUCUGCCUUCUGUAAUUAAUUGCAUACACUAUUUACUGUAUGUUAUUGUAUGCAAAUAAAUAUAGUGGUGCAUGGUGAGAAGGGGGUUCAAACUAGACUUAUUUGACUGUCAAAGCUAUGAUGUUUUUCAUAUUGUAGAGGUGACAAAGGUUCUCACCAAAAUUGCCAAAGUCAGUGGAUGUGAAGCAACUGCAGAGUGGAUAAAGCCUUGCACAAGCCACUUGUUCUGGAGUGCGCGAACAACCCAUGAUGGAAAUGGUGAAGUGAUUUGGGCCAAGUUUUCCUCCUUCCUAAGUCAUAUUGUUGAUGAACAUAAAAAUCUGGAAAAUCCUUUGUUCAAUAAAUGUGCACAUAUGGAUAUAAUUCAGCCACGAAAAUGGCUAGACAAAGGUAUUAUAUUUUUAUAAGAAUGCAAUAUAUAUAUUUAUUAUAUAAACAUAAGUGUUAUAUAGAGUUUUUGGCCACUGAGAAAAAUCGUAUUUAAACACACGUAAAAAUAAAACGCAUUGUCACAGACGUUUUAUUGUUUUUCACUGAAUUUUGUUUAUAUAAUAAACAGAAAAGUACAUGGGUGCUUGGAAAUACCAGAUUUAUUUCUCGUGUUGAACAUGUUCAUCAUGUUCAACACUCGAAAUAAAUAUGGUAUUUCCGUGCACCCAUGUAUUAUUCUCUCUCUCUCUAUAUAUAUAUAUAUGAAACAUACCAUCAAUACCAUACAGUGGAUAAUUCCAUGGUGAUUCAUGGUUACAUUCUGAACCAAACUAUCAGAGUAAUUUUGAUCUGAUGUAAUAACUAAUAUUUUUUUUUCUGUCACAAUUUUGCAAGCAGUUACAAAUAAUGGUAAGCUACUGAUUCACAGACUCACAGUAAAAAAUUUAACAUUUGAUUAUAACAUGAUAAGACAGGUGGCCGUAAAUUGGUGUGUGACUCCUGUUACUGCAAAGUGACAUGAAGUAACUCCAACGUAACUACUUUUGAAUUUCUUCGGGAACCAUAGGAAGGAGAAACAUACAAUGUCUAUCAAGUAACAGCUGAUAUGUUAGGCAUACUACCAACACAAAGAAAUUUUAUAUUUUGGAUUACAACAGUAAGGAUUGCUACAUAAUACACAUGACUCAUGUCAUGACUCAUGUUACGUGACUCAUGUUACAUAUCAAGUACAACUUUAUAUUUCAGUUCAGAAUUGUUUGCAAUAGCUUCUGAAAAUUCUUGACAACUUCCCCCCCCCCAAAAAAAUGUCAUCACUACCAUGGAAUUACCCAUGUACAGUAGUAGCCAAUUUGGCUUCCUAUUAUUGAAUAUUAUUUUAUUUUAUUAGCUUCGCCGCAAGGGCAGGGUCACCACAACAGCAUAUGCCAAUUACUAUGGGCCUGUAUUACCUAACCCACCCUGUCCACUUCCCCUGUGGGGGGAAACCGGUGUCCCUGAUGGAAACUCGCGACUUUCGGCAGAAUGUUGACUUAACUCUUUUCAAACGAGGACUGGGUUCAAGUCACAUCCAGUAGCCCCUACUGAGAAUCGAACCACAACCUUAGAGGUUAAAAGGCAAGUGGUUUAACCACUUUGCCACCAAAGCUCCUACUAAACAAUUUUGAGCACUUAUAGAUUCCAUUGCAUACGAAAAAAUCUGCUCUGCACUUACAAACAAAAGGCUGAAGAAGGGCAUAAUGAAAGCAUCUCCUAUAGAGCAGACAAGUUGCUUGGAGGGAUUUCAUUCUGUUUUAAACCAAUUCUCCCCCAAGAUGAUUGGUUAUAGUUACAAAGGAAUGUUUUGCAGGUACAGUACAUAAACAUUGUGUAUACCAUGUGUUCGCUCUCAGUUUCAUAUGCUACAGUAUAAAUGUGUAGAAGUAAAACAUGAAUCGUACGUGUACAACUACUGCAGAAAUUACCAUCAAGUGAUGGCAAACAUUGUUCUCUUUCAGGCAUGUUAUUGCAGUAAUCCAUUUCAAUAAAAAUCUUUCUCGACAAAAACGAAUGAAAAAUGGUGUUGAGCAAUACCACAUUGUCUAUCCAAAGUUCAUGAAUGGAAAUGCAGUGGUUAGAAAUGUUCCAGUGAAACAAAAUUUUGGUAGGUUAAUUGCACAUUAGGGUUACACAAAUUCAUGUCUUUACUACCUCCCAUAUCCAAACAAGUCUGAAUAUAUCAAAUGUAAUAUAUAUUAUUAGACAAAAUAAUAUAUUAUAUAUAUAUAUAUAUAUAUAUUUAUAUCUUGGCCCUUGUAUUUAGAUUAUGUAGAGGAAAUCUUCCAAACAAUGGUAGAAUCAAUUGGAACGGAAAAAAUUAAGGAUGCAAUUGAUGAACUCAAUAAUCAAACACCACUUCCAAUGAAUACCAUGCUUGAUAAGCAGCCACGGGAAGAGGCAAUUGCAAAAAAAAGAAGGAGGGAUGCUAUGCAACUUGCCAAUGUUCCACCAACAAACCCAG